AUGGUCCACACCAGCCAGCACCGUGCGCCCAGCGCGUCCGCCAAGUCCCCCGUCCUCAAACUCGGAAGUGUAUCAAUCGACGCGUUUUUACCGACCGAGAAUGCGGGCUCGGCGCUAUUCUUCGCACACAAAAAUACCUCUGGUAUCGCGCGGUUGGAUGCCUCGAUGUUCCUCGCCAGCGGCUCGACAUCCGACGUUCAGCGUCUGGUCUGCUAUCGGUGGAGUUUGGCGAUCGGGCUGGAGCCUGCUUGA